AUGGCUAGUGAACGCGAGCCCUCAGACGAUCCAUCGGUUUCUCCGCGGUCAGCCUCGCCGCUCAAGCCCGCCUCUAGUGCGCCCGGCACGCCAUUGGCGGCUGUUCCGCCGCCCCAAACUUCCGGGCUAAGCGCGCACAUCGACUCCACGCGUACGCCGCCCGACUCGCAGUUGGAUACCGCCAAGCCAACUUCUGCGCCGCAGAAUACACCCGCCGACAGUCCUGAGCCGGCGCUGGGCUUGCCCGACAGCGCCGGGCGCGCUGUCGAGCACGGGUCCCAGCGCCCUCACUCCUCUCUGCCGCCGCCACCAAUCCGGGGGGAUCGUGCCGGCGGCGGCCCGCCGGGCGAAAAAAUUGAGGCCGGGAAAGAAGAAGGCGUCGUGAAGAGCGACGGAAAAGCCGCGGGCGCGCCCGACGCGGACGUGAAAAGUGAGGGAAGCGGGGACAGCCUCGACGUCACCGGGAACGAAGAAGAGAAGGUCGCGGGCGACGACGCCGGUAGCGGCGGAACAGGCAGCGACGCGGGCGCGGACGAGGACGAGGACGAGGCGGCCGCGGCGCGGCGAAUGCAGCUGCCGCACAUCUCGACACUGCUGGCGAUGUCGCGCGAGCAGGACGCGCGCGGCGGGCCGGCCUCGAACGCGGUGCUGGCGCGCCGCAGUGUGUUCGCCACGUCCGCAUCGCGCUGCUCCAGUAGCGAUAGCGGCAGUGCGCGCGAGACAGGAUCCGGCGUCCCCGCACCCGCACUGGCGGUGCCGGGAAAGGUGCUGGGCGCGCGCAAGGUGCUGACGCCCAACCGGCUGUACUUUAACAGCCAUCGCUCUGCCACAGACCCGAGCGCGAGCCCCGACCACAACUACAAAAUCAACAUCUCGUCGCUGCUCAACUCGCGCGGCGAAGACGUGUACACGCUGCGGUCCCAGGAGGACCCCAGCUCUUCCCCGGUGUUCGCGGGCCUCGUGGACAGCGAGGACGCGGGCGUCGUGGCGCCCCCCACGUCGCAGCCGCGGUUCAUCAACUCCAAGCUGGACGAGGUGCGGUCGCGGGUCCUGCUGGACCCCAAUUCACAGUCGCGCCCGCAACCACUGCCCUUUGCCGGCGCGCAAUGGGCCUCGCGCGACGACGACUCCGCGGCCGCAGGUGCCGCCGCGGCCAUCAUAACAAAGAUGCGGUCCUCGCCGUACGGUGCGCACGACGACUCAAACUCUUCGAGCCGACCAGGCUCGGCCAGCUUCAGACAACACAUGCGGCCCGUGAUACGCAUCAACCAGCGCGAGUACGAGUCCGAUGACAGCGACGAAAACGCGAUCAUCGAGGAUGACACCGAAGACGAGCUCCACGACGACUACCAGCGGCGCGGCUCCAACAAGAUCAGCUGGAACAAGAGCGGGAUGAAAAAGAGGGUCACCAGAAGACAAUCCGCACCCUCUUCCAAUUUCAAACGCAGACAUUCAGGCUACAAUGACAGCGCCAAGCGCGAAUCGCGCCACUCCUCCACCUCCUCCACCUCCACGGUCACAUCUCUGCUGUCCGCGGCGGCGUUGCUAGGAAAAGUACCGUCUGCCACCUCCCAAGAACAAGGUGGCGCCGGCCAACCCAGACACAAGACUUUAUCUGUUAACCACGAACCUUUCCUUACGCCCUCAUCGCCGAAGGAAAAGCCCAGGCGAAAGAAUAAUUCCGGCUCGCGCUCGCGGACUGGUUGUUGGAUCUGCAGGCUGCGCAAGAAAAAGUGCACUGAAGAGAAACCGAGCUGCCACAACUGUCUCCGGCUCAACCUGGAGUGUUUUUACGAUCACACCAAGCCUGACUUCAUCUCCGACACGUCCAAGAAAAACGAGAAACUGGAAGAAAUUAAAAAAAAGACUAAAGAGGCCAAACGCAUGGCCAUGAGAAGAAAACCUUAG